AUGUCAUCAGCAGCUUCAUCCUCUUUACGGAGACUACCACUCAGAGAAGCCGUCAGUACUUUGCGAACCAGCACGGAUAACUUGGUACUUUCCAAUGAUGUCAGGAAUGUCACUUUGAGGUUUGUAGCUAAGAAUUCAGAGGCUGGACCUAGACAAUUCAUACGAACUCAUCUCCCGCGAUUAUCAUACUCCAACCCCAAUCUGAGCAUAAACGUCCAUCGUAUACCUGAUCCACGAGCGAAGCAUAAAAACCCCAACUCACCUGAUAAAGGUGCAGUGUGGGAGAAUGGGAUCAUGCCUAAACCAGAGAUGAAGAUUGAUUUUGACGGUACACCAUCCCAGACACUUCCAUUAUCCCAUUUAGACGGAGAUAAGAUCCUUGCCCAGUUGAUCUCUGUAGCAGGUGAAGAAAGGCUGAAAUCGCUAGAGGGUCCAAGUAGUCUACCUAAUCAGGAGAAUAUAUAG